AUGAAUUUGAAUGAUGAUAUUGAGGGAUCUAAUGGUAAUGGCAGUGAAAAAUCUAUGGUCCCAUGUCCUCCUGGUCUCUCAACCCCUAAUCAGACUCUGACCAGUGAAGAGACAACCAGGAGAUUAUCGGAGAAUUCGUUGCCUGAUAAGAUUAAUCUUCCGAAACUCGGAUCCCCUUCUGCUAAAUCCAAGAGAAUGACAGAGGAAAGAGAUGACCUUUCACGCUCAGUGAACAACAACCACAACUUCCGUGAAAGAAUCAGCGUGGUGUUAAUCUCCCGGGAAAUCGAGUGGGCUUCCGUGAUGAAAACCGGUAAGCAAUGGCUUAAAAACCCGCUUAACAUGGCUCUCUUCUUGUGGAUCUUUGUGGUUGCCGUCUCCGGUGCGAUUCUAUUCAUGGUCAUGACCGGAAUGUUGAACACCGCCUUGCCCAAGAAGUCACAGAGAGACGUCUGGUUUGAAGUCAACAACCAAAUCCUCAACGCGUUGUUCACUCUCAUGUGUCUGUAUCAGCACCCUAAACGGUUUCACCAUCUCGUGCUUCUCUGUAGAUGGAAGGAAGACGAUGUCACAGCGCUUAGGAAGAUCUACUGCGAGAAAGGGACUUACAAGCCUAACGAAAGGUUCCACAUGAUGGUUGUUGUUCUCUUGCUUCACUUGAACUGUUUUGCUCAGUAUGGGCUUUGUAGUCUUAACUUAGGGUACAGGAGAUCAGAGAGACCAGCCAUUGGUGUGGCUAUAUGUAUCUCUGUUGCUAUAGCAGCUCCUGCGGCUGCUGGUUUGUACACUAUUCUAAGCCCUCUUGGGAAAGAUUAUGAUCCUCAAGGAGACGAGGAGAAUCAAGUGGAAGAAGAUAGUAAUCGGAAGUUGUCUCUGGAGAGAAGAUAUUCGUUUGCUUCUACAGAUGUGAGGGAUGGUCCUGAGUGGAGCGGUGGAGUUCUUGAUAUAUGGGAAGAUAUCAAAUUGGCGUAUCUCUCUCUCUUCUGCAGUUUCUGUGUGUUUGGUUGGAACAUGGAGAGGAUUGGGUUUGGGAACAUGUAUGUUCACAUUGCGACUUUUGUUCUCUUCUGUUUGGCUCCUUUCUUUAUAUUCAACUUGGCUGCGAUAAACAUCGAUCACGAGAUGGUUAGGGAAGGACUUGGAUACACUGGGAUUGUGCUUUGCGUGUUUGGUCUGCUCUAUGGUGGCUUCUGGAGGAUACAGAUGAGGAAGAGGUUUAAGUUGCCGAGUUAUGACUUCUGUUGUGGGAGGCCUGCGAUUGCUGAUUGUACGCUGUGGUUGUUCUGUUGCUGGUGCUCUUUAGCGCAAGAAGUACGGACUGCGAAUUCGUAUGAAAUUGUGGAGGAUUCGUUCUGCAAGAGAAGGGAAGAGGAGAGCAAGGUUGAUGAUGAGGUUUUGGUAUCUCCGUUGCAUUGUGAGGACGGUGUGAUUGACCCGGAGAAGAUGGCUACGACGGUGGCUAGUUCUUCUAUUGACUUGAGCGGACCGGAAGAAGAAUAUUGCUUGGGUGAUAAAAGUGAUGACGCUCUAAGUCCACCUUCUCCUCCAUUCAUUCACAGAGAUGCUAGUUAG